AUGGCUGGCCAAGCAGGUCGGUCAACAAACACGCCAUUAAAAGGCGGAAAAGAACGAGGGGCGGAAAGCGGGGGCGGCGCAGGUGCUGCAGCGCAGGGGGGGAGAACGGAAACCGAACGGAGAGGUGUAGAGGGGGUUGAGAGGCUGGGGCGCAUUUCCACCACAGGGGAGCUCCUGAAAACCCUUGCCAGUUCGUUAACCGCACCACCCACUGUUCCCGUCGCCAACAAGUCUCAGAACGACCCCAAUGCUCCGCCUGCGAAGCACUCGGUUCAAAGUCUGCUCAAACAGCCGGCGCCAUUGAAAGUCCCAAAGGCGGAGAAUCUCGACGAGCCUGUGGACGUUAAACCGAUCAUUAAGGGGACCGCCGCGCGGGUUAGCCCAGAGAUGCCGGCCUCUCCGACGGGUAGUGCUUCGAACAAACCUCUCCAGAGGGGCGAUUCGCGGGCGAAAGCAACCCCCCCGGUCCCACCUCCGGCUGCCCCGCGAGAAGCCCCCGGCUCUUCAACUGGAGGAGCCAAGGGUAACACCGCCUACCAUAGAGCAGUCCCGGUUCCCCACCCCGCACCCCCCGUCAACCCCCACCCUUCAAGCCACAACCCUCCACGGGUCUCUCCCUUUGCUCCCCCACUGCCUGACGGCCCCCCUCCUGCGGCGUCAAGGCCACAGGCCCAAUGGUUAGACAGGCACUUUGACACCAGCAGACCCCCGGCACAUCACUGGCAGGGCCACUGGAUGGUAAACGACUCCCGGCGUGCGGAUUACCGACAACCGCCAGUGUCGUCAGCACGCGGAAUGGAGCCGUCGUUUGUUCCCCCCCCGCCACAGCAUCCCCCCCCUCCAGAACGUGCGAUACCGCACCCGGAAAGACUUGCUCCGCAACACCCGGGCGCCGCAGGCAAACCGCCCCCCCAGGGAUCCCCCAACUCGUGGCCUCGCCCGCUUCACCCAGGGGGUAUUCCCACCCACCCCGUCAAGGAUCCCAGCCCUAGGGGUGAAACAGCACGCAGCGGAUGGGGGGUCGCAAGGGAUCCUAGAGAGAGACCCCCCGAGCAAGGGCGUCGUGCUGACCCCAGCGCGCAGACAUUACCCGGUGCCGCCAGAUUGGGUGACGUCAGCAAGCAGCGGCGCGCUGACGUCACCGCACUGAUCCCACUUGGACGGCGCCACGCGCAGGCCCCCGGCGCCUCCAGAGUCGCUGACGUCAGCCGGGAUGGGGGAAAGCCAAAUGUUACGGGGGGCGAGCGGAAGCAGCUGGCGGGUGAACCGAAGAAUCCCCCGGUCCCGAGCAGUUCGUCGGCGGCGGGGGGGUCUGCUAAGCGGGACAAAAAGCUGGUCUGGGGGGGGGGGAUCUGGAGUGGGGGGGAGAUGAAAGCUAGGGUGGAGGCACGGGCGCUAGGGAAAGGGGGGGAGCGGAUAUGGACGCUGCCGGCAGAGCGGAUUGAUUUGACGGGGACGGUACCGGUCGAUAGGGACCUGAAAGCCAAGGCGGUGGACGAUAUCGAGGAUCCAAUCCUGCUCCUGACGUCAGCCAAGCAGAGCGCUGGUCCGGACGGCGCAUCUACGCCACCCUUUGCCGGCUUAGGCAACUCUCUGGCACCCGGCACAGCGUCAAUCGCCGACAUCCCCGCCUGCACCGACGAGGAUGGCCAAACUCGAAACGCCUCUCUGUACAUAAUGUCAUAUACAACUCUUAAGACGCUUCUUGGAAAAGGUCUCAGGGCGCGGGGCAUCGACUUCGACGAGACUCUUGCCGAGAGCGCGCUGUUCGGUGUCGUCAUGCUGGGGGACGGCAUAAGUGCGGGGGAUAAGAGAACGGCGGGGAAUAGCUCAUCGGAGCCGAAGGCCGAGGUGGGCGAGGGGGGGACAAUGGCUGGAACCGGUACUGAGAUACUAUCCCCUGCUCAAGAAGUGCAAGCAACUAGAGAUGGGAGAAAAGCGGAGGUGUCGCCUCAGGGGCAGCUUGACCGGCCGGAAAGCGCGGGCGCCGAGCUCGCAGAGCCUGGGAACGAGGCGGUCCUUUCGAACCCACCUGGCGCUUCCGGUUUAGUCGACGACGCCAAUCAACCGGCUGCUGGCCGGAAUGCAUUUGUGGCUGAGUUAACCGACGCCCCGCGAUUACUGCUAACCGAAACCCUUCCGGAGUUAAGCGACAGGAAAGCGCCGGCUAGAGGGAGCGGGUUAGUGGGGCCACGCGCAGAUGAUCCAAGUUCUGGGUUGGGUCCGGGGAUGGACGGACCAGGGGCCGCCACGUGGCAGCCUAAGGAGGCGCCAGAUGGGGAAAAAGGAGCUCACCUGGAGAAAGAAGCAGACCGUCCCCCGGGGUUCGAGAAAUCUGUCGAAGGGUCACAGGGGGUUUCGGGGGUCGCUUCUGGGGGGCCGGAAUCGCGCCAGUCCAACGGGGGGGAUCCCGUGGAACAAGCUUCGGCCCCAAUGGAUUUGGAGACGGAGGGGGGGAGUGCCGAGGAGACGUCAAAGGUGAGUGACGUCAGCAAGGAGAAUGUUUGCGGAGAGCGGGUAUUGGAAGGGGCGAAGGAGAAGAGCGUCUCAAAGGGGAUAAGAGAGCGUUCGAAGGAUACGGAUGAGAAGCCCGCGCCGGCGGAGAAGGGGGAGGAAAAAGGAGGCCCUGUGGGGGAAGGCGCUGACGGUUCGCGGCAGCCAAAAGAGGAAGCCGCGGACGGAAACGAGGCCCGGAUCCAGGCGCUGCUGGUUCGCCAGCAGGAACGGGAGCGGCAGGAUCGGAGAGACAGGAAUAGAGCGGAGCAGGUCGAAAGGAAGAAAGCGAGAGCGGAGGCAAGCCGGGAAGGGGCGAGGGCGCUGACUGGGGAGCCGGAACUAGAACGGGGGAGAGAAAGGCGGGACAGGAGUCGCGAACGAGGGGCGUCGAGAGAAGAACGACGGGCUGAAAGAGGGCGAGAAAGAAGGUCUGACAGGAGCCCAGAACGGGCGCCGAAGCGGGCUCUGGAAAAAGGUUUUCAGGGCGGGUCGGGGGAAAAGCGGACGGAACGGGCGGCCGGAAUCCGACCGGACCGGUCGUCCGAACGAAACAAGCGCAGCCUGUCCCCCGCGCGAGAAAUAAGCCGCAAGGAGGAACGGGCGCGGGCGCGUUUCGAGGCCGACUGGGCGGCUGAAAAGCGCAGCUUCGAUCCGCGCCUGCGUAAUCUCUGGGUUACGGGCCCUAACCCCGCGCUUUUCGGCGACGCGCGCUUUCGGCAUGGCUUUGUGCGCGACCUCAUAGAGCAGAUGGGCGGGCCGCGCGCGCGCAGGCUGGGGUUAAAGGGAGGGUUAAAGGUGGUUGACAACCCGAUAAAAGUGAAGAGGAGCCUGCUGCUCCGGCUAGAGAGCAUGGAGCAAGUGGCGCGUGUGCUGUAUAUGGCAGACCAGGAUCAAGCGCUUGUCCCCGGUCACUGCCGGCUGGGCUGCGAAGAUUUGUACCGCCCCCUCUACCGGGAAAAGCUCGAGUGGAUGCGCAAGGACCGCGAUAACGGUCACCGUCACCGCUCGCCGUCAGAGUCAAGGCGGGGAGCGCGCGCAAAUUCUCGCGAGCGCUCGCUCGGCAGAAAGGAACGGAGCAUCGAUCGAAAGGGAGAAAAGCACGACACGCCUCGGGGCAAAGACAGGAGCGGCCGGUCUUUCUCCGGUGAUCGGGAGAGAGCUCCGGGGCAAGAAACGCCCCGAGCCGAAGCGAAGGAGAAGGACGGAGCCUCAGAGCGGGAGCUCAAAGACCGGGAGGUGGCGGCAAAGGGGGAAACAAGAGACCGGGAAAUGGCUGUGAGGCAAGAGAAGAGCCCAACGGAAGAGGGUGGGUGGGUGGAGACUGUUGAACCGGGGUGUUUGAGAUUAAGCCCGGACAGUACGGCGCCUGCUGAAGUGCAAAGGGGGACGGACGUCGAGCUGGCGAGUGUCGAUGGGGUGAGUUCGGUGAAAGGGGAGUUGGGAGAGGGUGUGACUGAGGCGGAUGGGUACGGGGAGGGCGUGAGAAAGGGGACUGAAUCAGGAGGGGGCGGUUUCUGCAAGACUGAAAGAGUUGCGGAGGGCGGUGUGAAAGAGGGGGUUUGGUUGGGAGAGCUGGGUGUAACGUUCGCCAGCGAUGUGAAUGAGGGGGUUGGGUUGGGGGCGGGUGGUGUAAAUAAGGCCUGCGGCCCUGCCGAGGACGAAGUGACGGCGCCCGCGAAAGAAGAGCCACUCAAGGGAGAGACUUUGGGACGAGAGGCGGGUCCGACUGGAACGAAACUAGAUGUGGGCGAAGCGGAGUCGGAGGCGGUUAAAGAAAAAUCGUUCGAGUCGGAGGCGAUUAAGGAAGAAAGCGCGGUCAAACGGUUCGAUUUGAACGACCUGCCGGAACCAAAGAAGAGGCCGUUUCUGUUCGAUCUGAACGAACCGCCACCAGUCGAAAUCGAAGACGAGGACGAGCCACUAGACGCGCCGGAGAAUGGGUUAGCAGGCGGGUUAGCGGCGACCCCGCCCGAACAAGUGACACCUUCGAACGCCAGGGAACCUAUGGAAGGGCCAGCGGAAGAUAUGGAGUUAGCCCCCGAGGAGCAGUCGGCAGAUUGGGCAGAGGACGAGGGACCGGAUUUGCCGCCAGGUUUCGAGGGGGUUUACCUGGAACAAUGUGGUUGGUCACCAAUCAGAGUCGAGCGGGAAGAACGAGGGUCGGUGGAUCGGGACUGCGAGGCGGUUGUGGAGGAGCUCCAGGGGCUGCCACGUAGCGAGGGUGACGUCAGCACCGACGGUGACGUCGGCGAGCACGCGAGCCGGGAGGAAGUCCUGCGGGCGCGGCGCGCUCGGUGGGACGCGAUCAAAAAGAGAGUCGAUGCGGAGGAGGCGGGUAAGAAAACGGAAACGGAACCGGAAGGAGCUAGGGGUGGGGGGACGGAGGAAGAUGCGGACGCGGCGCGGCUAGAGUGGCUGCUGCGCGAGGCGAAAGAGUUGGCCCACCGGAUAAAAUUAAAGGAGCAGCGGGGGCAAAAAGCAGGCAGUAAAGGGGCAGAGAGUCGCAAUCUCUCGGCCCAGGGGGUUGGCGGUACCCCGGGUGCAAGCGGAGAGGGGGGGAGCGUUCCGGGCGAGACCAAGGCGGAAGAGCGGAAUGUUUCUCCGGACCCGGAACCGGAAGCGGGCGAUGCGAAAGCGGCGCUGGGGAAGAUACAGGAGCAAUUGCAGCAGUUCGGGAUCCAGUUGGGCCCGAGAGAACGGACUCCGGCGGAGCAUAGAGAGUCGGAGAAUAAACAAGCUGGGGGCAAGGAACAGACGAGUGCGCGUAUCGACCAGGAAGACAGGGGAUCGCUCGGGGGAGGGAAGGGUGGGGGCGCGCUCUGGAUGCUCUCAGCCGUUCGGACGUCCGAAACGUUGAAAAAGGACGAGUCGGAAAUGAAGAAAUCGGACGAGUCCAAAAGCUCAAAAGCGGAGGUCCGGCCGAAUGGUAAGGAGCCCGAGAAAGUGAAGGGCUUUUGGGAGGAUGGGGAGGAGGGGGGUCUGCUGCCAGCCAAAGCGCGCCCCCUUGGGCGGAAGACGAAGAUCAGUUCGGAGCGCUGGAGGGUCUGCUGGGGAAGGCGCGGGUCGCUGGCGCUUCGAAACAGGGGUCGGGGUCUUGGAGUAAGACACCAGCGCAAACGGGAGUGGCGAAAGUGGGAACAAUACCAACGAACGAAACGGGGCAAGGCAACCAGAGGGGUUCGGAUCCGAAGUUGCUUUCAAAGAGCGUGGUCAACGAGUGUUGCGGUCGCUGUUCCUCCCGUGGUGGGGAGGGCCUUCAUGAAAGUGAAGGAGGGCAUGCGGCAGAUCGCGAUGUGGGAGCUGGACACGGCGCUGCAGGAACGCUUCUACGGCAGGGUGAGGGUGAUCGAGGCGUCCGCUCACGUCACGCUGACGUCGGCCGAGGCGAAGGACGGUCGUAAGGGUUUCCUCUACGAAGCCUCGUCCGCGGAGCAGCGGGACAACGCGCGGCCUCUCGUACACGCUCUGCUCGUUGACGUCUCUGCUGACAUCAUGAAGAGGCGGGAGGAAGUGGAGAAGCCCGCCAACCAACCCCCGCCUGCCACGUGUCCACAGCAGACCGCCCCGCAAACGGAUCCGGUUCAAGUCCUCCCGCCUCUGCAUUGGGACGGGGAGCGCUGGGUGGUUCACUUUGGGGAAGGGCCAUACGAGCCGGGCGCUUAUGGCACGGUCCCGGGCGCUUAUGAGGCGGCUCCGGGGCAGAUCCCUAGCUACGACUCGGACGCGCUGCAGGCGCUGGCGGCUUAUGGGCAGGACUCGGCGGGGCAGGGGCGAGGUCUGGGGCCUUAUGAGUGGGGUCCGGCGCCUUAUGGGCUUGACCCGGCGUCUUCUGACGGUGUCGCUUUGCAGCGGUGGACUAGCGUGGAUGGAUGGGAAGGUUAUGUCAACCCGGGGAUUGAGGCUGCGGGUCAAGCUAACCAUCCGGUUAGCAGCGGUUUGCCAGAGCUUUCGCCUGCCCGAAAACCCGUCGUCCAACUUAACCCAACAGAGCCCGAGGAGGACGUAUGGUGCGCCCCGGGCGUCUUCGCCAGCCGCUUAUAUUGCGCGGGGGCGCACUUCGAAAAGCUUCGGGAGGAGGUCCUGGAGCUGAAUUCGCCGGAGCCACUUCCCCCGGGGGUGUUGUCUGUGCCGGAGCAGGCCCCCCGGGAGAACAAAAGUCCGCUGCCUCCAAGCACUAUGAAGUCGAGUGUACCGGAAACGGCCUCAACAGACGAUGCAAAGCGGAGUUGGGGUUCAAUUCCCCCGGUUUCAGAGCCCCAGCCGGCGGUGGCUAUAAACACUACGGGCGACGAGGCUGAGGGUAGCAAGUGGGAACUAAAACCCCCGGGAGGUGAUGCCGAGAGAGCGGCUCUCUGCGCAAUGAGUAAUUGGCUAAGCGGCAGCUUUGAAACCGACGCCGAUGUCCUGAUCCGGAAGAACUCCCCCAGUUGCGGCGCUGCAAACCGCGACGUGGCGGGCGAAGGUGGUUCCGGUUCCGGUAUCCAUCCUGAUUUUGGUCCUCGUUCCGGUUCCGGCCUUCCUUCGGGUCCUGGCCUUCACCCGGGUCCCGCCAUGCCUGCUAGCGCCUCUCUUCAAAACGGCGAACCUGCAAAGACCCCGAGUUUGCUCCAGGGGGCACUGACUGUACCUUCUAGCAGGACGGUAGACGACUUCGAAACCGGGCAAUCUGGCGCUGGCGGGCAGUGUCAAAGUGUGGCCGCAACGGACCGCGGCUCGGAGAUGACACCAAGAAACGGGUUAGCUGUCCCGACUUCGGCUUUGGGGGGUGACGAGGCAAAGGUCGCGGGCGGUUCUGGGAGCGGGGAGUCAACGAGGAAGGGCCUACCCGAGUGCACGAACUGGCCAGAUUCGGCGGAGAGGGCCGGUCCGAACGCGAGUGUGAACAUGGGAAGAAGACCAGCGGGAGAAGAGGACGAAGGAACUGAUGGAGACGUGUCAACGGAUAGUGCACAGACGGCCCCUGAGUGCUUUAGCGAAACCACGACUCAGGCGACGUCGUUGGUUGCCAGCGGCAGUACGGAAAUACUCGACUCUGAUUGGGGGGCCCAAGACGAGGCUACGUCGAAGGUCAAAGGUCCGCUAGAGUGACGAGCUCGUGUCUUGUACAGGACAGCGCAACAUUGCAAGCUAGCCUGCAGCGGCCAAGCCAUAUGCAAUUACUCAAGUACGGUUGUCUGCUUGCACUGUUCGAUGUAACAAUCCGCCGUGGUUUACGUUCAAUCAUGCA